GCCGCGCACCCAGCAGCCUCCACCGGGACGGUUAUCCUGCCGGCGGCGCCCCCUGAGAGCGAAAGGCGCGAAUAGGAAAAGGAGAUCCGUCGGCGACCCCCUCAAGGAGCCCGCGAGGGGGCGCGCGUCCCCGCCCCAAGCUGGCCUGCCACGACCCUCCGGCAGCGGCCGCCUACGCCGGGCCGGCGGGAAGGCGGGGACUCGCUCCCCGCGCCACGCGGCUCGACCAAUAGCACGCGCAGGGGGGCCCGGCGCCGACCUCCGCGGCCGCAGAAAACCCCGCGCGCGAGCCGCGGGGUCUGGGAGCGCGUCAGUGGACCGGCCCCCGGCGUACGCGAGGCCGGCGCGCGCUACCCCGCGGUGCCCGUGCGCGCGCCUGACCUCUCCUGCCCGGCCGGCGCGCGGCAUCGCCCGGCCCCGAUGGCCCCUGAGACCCCGGCCCAGGGGCCGACCCCACGCUACUUCACCUGGGACGAGGUGGCGCAGCGCUCGGGACGCGACAAAGAGCGGUGGCUCGUGAUCGACCGGAAGGUGUACAACAUCAGCGAGUUCAUCCGCCGGCACCCCGGGGGCUCCCGGGUCAUCAACCACUACGCGGGGCAGGAUGCCACGGAUCCCUAUAUGGCGUUCCACAUCAACAAGGGCCUUGUGAGGAAGUAUAUGAACUCUCUCCUGAUUGGAGAACUGUCUCCGGAGCAGCCCAGCUUUGAGCCCACUAAGAAUAAAGAGCUGACUGAUGAGUUCCGGGAGCUGCGGGCCACGGUGGAGCGGAUGGGGCUCAUGAAGGCCAACCCUGUCUUCUUCCUGCUGCACCUGCUGCACAUCCUGCUGCUGGACGUCGCUGCUUGGCUCACUCUUUGGCUCUUUGGGACAUCCUUCGUGCCCUUCCUUCUCUGUGCAGCGCUGCUCAGCACAGUUCAGGCCCAGGCUGGCUGGCUGCAGCAUGACUUUGGACACCUGUCUGUCUUCAGCACCUCUACAUGGAACCACCUGCUACAUCAUUUUGUGAUCGGCCAACUAAAGGGGGCCCCUGCCAGUUGGUGGAACCACUUGCACUUCCAGCACCACGCCAAGCCAAACUGCUUCCGCAAAGACCCGGACAUCAACAUGCACCCCUUCUUCUUUGCCUUGGGGAAGAUCCUCUCUGUGGAGCUUGGGAAACAGAAGAAAAAGUACAUGCCAUACAACCACCAGCACAAGUACUUUUUCCUGAUUGGUCCCCCAGCCUUGCUGCCUCUCUACUUCCAGUGGUAUAUUUUCUAUUUUGUUAUCCAGAGGAAGAAGUGGGUGGACUUGGCCUGGAUGACGAGCUUCUACAUCCGCAUGUCCCUCACUUACGUGCCGCUGUUGGGAGUGAAAGGCUUCCUGGGCCUUUUCCUACUGGUCAGGUUCCUGGAGAGCAACUGGUUUGUGUGGGUGACACAGAUGAACCACAUCCCCAUGCAUAUUGAUCAUGAUCGGAACGUGGACUGGGUCUCCACCCAGCUCCAGGCAACAUGCAACGUCCACAAGUCGGCCUUCAAUGACUGGUUCAGUGGCCACCUCAACUUCCAGAUUGAGCACCAUCUUUUCCCCACGAUGCCUCGACACAACUACCACAAAGUGGCUCCCCUGGUGCAAUCCCUGUGUGCCAAGCAUGGCAUAGAGUACCAGUCCAAGCCCCUGUUCUCAGCCUUCGCUGACAUUGUCCACUCACUGAAGGACUCUGGGCAGCUCUGGCUAGAUGCCUAUCUUCACCAAUAACAGCAGCCUGCCACCUGGAAGAAGAGCCUUGGAGCCAAAGCAGAGGGGAACUUGGGGACAAUGCCACUACAAUCCUAAUAUUCAGAGGGGGUGGGUUUGAGGAGAUAAAGGCUGACUCAAACCCCUCCCCUUUAUCUUCUAGGCACAGAUCUAAGACCCAAAGAGGGGUGUGGGGAACACGCAAGCCCCCUGAAGGGGUGGGGGGGUGGAGCUGUUGGGACAGGGAGGCAAGACUUUUGUUUCCUUUCUUGUUCAGCAGAUGUUAAGUGGCUAGUAAGCAGAGAGAGAGUCAGGAUGGUGUUAGAAUAGGGAGGGUCUACUGAGCCCAGAAAUCAGGAAGAGAUUUAGCACUAAAAUUCCACCCGGGGGCUUCCCUGGAGGUCCCGUGGUUAAAACCGCACGCUUCCAAUGCCAGGGGCGCGCAGGUUCGAUCCCUGGUUAAGGAACUAAGAUCCCACGUGCUGCGCCGUGUGGCCAAAAAAUAAAUUUAAAAAAUUCCACCCAGGUAAGGGAGGAAGCUCAUCCCACUGGUCCACUUCUCAGUGCCUUCUCCACCCUCGCUUGCAAACCUCAGAGGUUCUCAGGCUGGAGGAAGACAGAGGCUGAACCUUCUGGGCAAGAUUUAGAAAGGAAGCAUUAGUGCCUCAGGCCUGGCCUAAUGCAGGGCCUGGGAGCUAGGCUCAUUCUAGGGCUAGGUGUGACCCAUGUCUGCCUCAGGCUCCUGGAGAAGCAAUUUUUCCACUUUUAGGGGCAGAGAGGGCAAAGGCGAGGGCUGUGAUAUUGGAGGCAUCUGGCCCCGAAGGAUGCUGGCACUACUGGAUUUGGCCUCAUGUUCCAUCCAGGUUACCAAGGGAGCACGAGCUCCCAGGGUUUGCCAGCAGAGAGUCGAUCCUUUCAGAUUUUGAUUCACCUCUUUUAACCACCACCCAAGGGACAGAACACUCCUAGGAUGGGGGAUCUGCUUCUUGCUCCAUAAGUAAGUGGGCAGGUGGGGCGGUUAGUCUCCUCCAUAGAGAGAAGUGGGGGCUCCCAAUGGUUUCCCUUUGCUCACCUACCUGUAAUUCCAAAUUUAAUAAUUCCAGCAAGCACAAGUGACCAAGCUGGAAGAGGGUGAAUUACCAGUCGUAACCAGGGUUCGGUCAUAAAGAGUAUAAGGGCUGUAAGAGAGUUUGUAUAACCUACAUUAUGUUACAGCAUUACUUUUGAGCAGGAGCAAUGGGUUAAAUAUAAUGACUUCAUAGUUCUAACCAGAAAUAGGAAGAUACAAACAGAAGUUUGUGAUCACUGUGGCUGUCCUUCAGCGUCCUUGCUCUGGCAACUCUGUUCAAGUCUCUCUGCUGGAGACCAGGUAGGAACUUAGGAGAAUCUCUUAAAAGUUAUUAGUCUAAUACUGAAAUACGAUUUUUAAAAUCUGGUUUUUAAAAGAUAGAAACAGUUUAACCCAUCUCUAGAGAGUGAACACAGGAUUGUGUCCCUGGGGUUAUCAACAUUCACACCCUCUCCCCUCCCUGCACCCACAGCCUUGCAGUUCAGGUGAGGGGAUCAUUCACCUGUCCAACAGCAUCUGCUCUGGAAGCACAUUGAGCAUUUUGGACACUGGAAAGAGAAAACCUUAAAUAAGAAAGAAAAAGCAGAGCCCUGGGAGAAUUCGCACUUAGUUUAGGAAGAGAACGGCAAGGAGAUGAGAAUGGUAAUCAGAGAGAUGAAGGUCCUAACGCAUGUUGGGGUGGGGUUAGAGGCACCACCUAACGGAAAGGCUGUUGUGAUUACUUACAGGCUUGUCAAAACAGAGAUAGUCCCAACACACGCACAAACACACGAGAACAGGAUACAGAAAAUUUUAAAUCUUUUCCAUUUGGGCAGAACCUGGCUUAAAACAGUCUGGGUAGAACAAUUAGGAGCAGAACUGAAGAGUUCUACUUUCACUGGCUCCUUCACUCCAGAAUAGGUGCUGAACUCAGCCUAUCAAGCCAUCUGGCUUUGGGCCCAGGCUGCCCAAUCUGAGCAAAGCUAGUGAAACUUACUGAGCAAGUCCAGGUCCGCAAAGCACCUCAGCCACUGUGGCCUUUUCUACUUAGCCUGGACCAGUGUGGUCUCACAUGGCCACAAAGGGACAGACGAGUGACAAAAAGCUCAGACUGUCGCAAGGUAACAUGAGUGACCUCAAAUCCAAUGACAUGAGGAAACAGGAUUAGAGAGAAGUUGCCUCUGGCCUUAGAUGUGGCAGAACUAACAUUUGAACUUGUUUUUUAAAAACUCCAACUUCUAUGCUUAUCCUUGUUCCUUUCAUUUUCCUACCAUUUUGCCAGAGGCGUUGUAAUUAGACCCAAUAUCAGUAUCCUUUUUGUGUGUGCCAGUUUUGUUACCACAUGCCAAUGAAGUAAAACUGAGAAAUAAAGUUAAUUUUGACCAAAGGCUAUUCACUUAUAGUCCAUGAUGCUCUCCUGCACCUGUUGACAGGAGUCCCUGCACCUCUGCUACAAGUUACUAUCUACCUCUCUGGCUCUAACUUCUUUCUGAACAUGAGUCCCCAUACUGACUCCCCUUUGCCUAAGCCCCUUGGGGCAGAGGGAGGAUCAUCAGGCCCCUCUGGAAAACACCUGUGACAAGAAGACAGGCCAGCCCCUUUCCAUGAUACCCACAUGUUCAAAUGCUAGACUGCCUGUGUACGCCAGUCAGUUUUAGUGUUUAGUGCACUGCUUCCUCCUGUUGUGAAGCAAUGCCCUCACCCUUUUAAACUCAUGUCUAGACUCACUGUAGGUAGUCUCCAUAAGUUUAGUUUUUGCCUAAAUGUCUGUAGGCAUAAUACCUCGGAGCUGGACUGUGAAGCAAUGCCUUUUAACCACUGUGCUACUAGAACAGCUCUCCUCUCCAAGCAAGAAUAUUAGAACAUGCUGAGAAAAAUCUGCAGGAUAGAUUUUCCCUGCAGUGGUUCAUAAACUUCUAGAAAAGGCCAGGUAACUCAACUUCGAAAAUAAGAGGAAAACACACCACCACCUGCUACUAAGGGGACAGGCCCUUAACUAGAGCUACUGCACUAAGGCACUAACUCCUGAGAAGUUUUAAUCUCUGGGCUCCAUCACCAUUACUGCAGGCUUAGAAUCAAACCUGAAUCAGAAAAUGGAGCUCAGGUAAAUUCCCUGGCGGUCCAGUGGUUAAGACUCCACGCUUCCAUUGCAGGGGGUAUGGGGUUUGAUCCUGGAACUAAUAUUUCACAUGCUAUAUGGUGCAGUCAAAAAAAAAAAAGAAAGGAAAAUGGAGCUCAAAUAAGUUGUGUGGCUUGGUUCAAUCUGGAAAAUUGGUUUCAUUUGUCCGCUGCUGGAGACAGAGCAGUGAACAGAUACUAAGAUCCCUGCCCUAAAGAUAGAACUUGCUAUCUACAUUAGUGAUUUUCAGAGUCCCCUAGUUAUGAGGUGUUGCUGGGGAGAGUAUAUGCCAUUCCUGCUUCAACCAGAGGAGCUCUUAUAUUCUUAGAGUCCACAUAAGAUUUCACUUGAAAAACAGAUUGCUCCAUUAAAAAAUCUGAAAACUAUUGGUCUUUAGUCUUCUACCUGCUUGAUCUGUUGAAACACUGCCAACUGAAAUUUCAGACCGCUUACUUAAGUGCCCUGGUUAACUUUAAAUGGCAGUACGUGAUAGGAAUAAUUAAAAAAUUAUGGACCUAGAGUCUGUCAUACAGAGUGAAGUAAGUCAGAGAAAAAUACCGUAUGCUAAUACAUAUAUAUGGAAUCUAGAAAAAUGGUACUGAUGAACCUCGUAGCAGGGCAGGAAUAAAGAUGUAGACGUAGAGAACAGACUUAAGGACACGGGGCGGGGUGGGGG